GUUUCCAGCUGUGACGUAUUAUUUGUGCGACAUUUUUGCAACAACAGGGGCACCGCAUCAGCUGGGAAAACUCGGUGACUAGUUCGAGCACCAAUCUGCCGUUCCUGGAGGAUGUCUGCGACAGCACUGCGCUUGAUCCGAUGCAGGAGACUCAGCACGGCCAGUUUGCCAGGCGUGACCAAAGCGCUGCGAUGGAGAGAUUUAAGGAAGUUUGCCAAGGUAACAGGAGCUGUGGUGUUUGGAGGUUGCCUUUUCAUCACGUACGAGGUGAUGGCCCUGGACAAGGCAGUGACUAUUGAUACCAAUGCGAUUCUUCAGGAGAAGUACAAGUCUUACAUCUACCUGCGACCCAAUUCCUCUGAUGAAAAGGAGAACCUCAGUGCAGGGCUCACACACAAGACAAGAAGGGAACUUCACAAAGCAGCAAGACGCUUUCUAGAAAUAUCUUCGCGGCUUCUGCUGCGAACAUUAGAUGAACGGCUCAGUAACUUGGAUGCAGACCCACAUGAGGUGGCCUUAUGGGUCCUGCUGAAAAGGACGCAGUCUGACAAUCGUGCGCUUCGAAUCAAAGCUGUGCGGGAACUGGCGGACAAUUGCCACUGGCACGACUACCAGUAUCAGACGGCGGCCCAGGUGAUAGACCAGAGGACCGCAGUGGGCCUCGCUCGGACUCCUCAAGCAGAUCUGAGAUUUUUCCUGCGUCCGCCUCCGCUCCCUGACCUUGAUGAUGGUUUCUCAGCAGAGGAUGGCCUGAGGCAGCUGCUCGCCUCCCUGCCGCAGUCCGAAGUGGACAAAUGCGUUCAGUACUUCACCUCGCUGGCCCUCAGGGAAAGCACGCAAGCAUUAGCGGCGCAACGGCGUGGACUAUGGUGUUUCGGUGGCAACGGCCUGCCUUACGCCCAGAGCCUCACGUCCGUUCCCUCGGAAAAGGUGGAGUCCUUCUGCCUGCAGGCCCUGGUGCAGCACUCCAAGGUCAGGAGCCAUUGUGACCAUAUCGUGUCCAACGGAGGCUUGCCACUCCUUCAGAGGGUUUAUCAGCUCCGUAGAGACUCCAAGAAUAUUCAGAGGAACAUUGUGCGAAUCAUUGGGAACCUGGCGCUGAAUGAUAGAGUUCACCAGGCUAUCGUGCAGUCAGGGUGGCUGUCGGUGCUGGCUGAGAUGGUGCAGUCUCCUCACGUCAUAGAAGCCUCCCACGCGGCUCGCGUCCUGGCCAACUUGGACAGGGAGACGGUGAAGGAGAAGUACCAAGACGGCGUCUACGUCCUCCACCCGCAAACACGUGCCAACCAGCCAAUCAAAGCGGACGUGCUGUUCAUCCACGGCAUCCUGGGGGCGGCUUUUAAGACGUGGCGCCAGAGGGACCGAAGUGACUUACAUGAUGAGAAUGACAAAGAUGAUUACACAGAGUGCUGGCCAAAAACGUGGUUAGCUGCUGAUUGUCCAAAUCUGAGGGUGCUAUCAGUGGAAUAUGACAGCCAUCUGAGCGACUGGAUGGCCAAGUGCCCUGCCGAGAAUCAGAGAAAGUCCCUGGCCUUCAGGAGUCGAGAGCUGCUCAAAAAGCUUAAGAUGGCGGGCGUCGGAGACCGGCCGGUGGUCUGGGUAGCUCACAGUAUGGGAGGCUUGCUUGUGAAAAAAAUGCUGAUUGACGCCUCGCAGGACCCAGAUAUGAAGGAUUUGUUCAAGAACACCAAGGGCAUUUUGUUCUAUAGCGUUCCCCAUCACGGCACCUUCAUGGCGGAAUACUCGGUCAAUGUCCGAUAUCUGCUUUUCCCGUCAAUCGAGGUCAGAGAGCUUUGCAGAGACUCCCCGGCACUACGCGACUUGAAUGAGAACUUCUUGAACAUGGCCAAAGAAAAAGAUAUCAAGGUGCUAAGCUUUGCAGAGACGCUGCCCACAAACAUUGGUCCUAUGAUCAAGAUACUGGUGGUGCCAGCACAGUCUGCAAACAUCGGAAUCGGGGAUUUGAUCAAGGUGGACGUGGAUCAUCUCAACAUCUGCAAACCAGAGAGGAAGGACUCAUUCUUAUACAAGCGCAGCCUCCGGUUCAUCCAAGAAACAUUGCACAGUUCUAUCGGCCGCUGACAACUGCUUUUAACACCAGCACACUCCAAGCAAACUUGAACGACUCUUCACCCUACCUGACUUUCCUCGCCAUGAAUAUUGGAAUCACAUUAUAAUGAGAAAACAGUGAAGAGUUGCCAGUAGUGGAAGUAGAAAACUGGAUGCUUAUCUCUCACUAAUGCCGAGUGGAUUUCAAAGCCUAUUUCACAAGUGACCAUUAUAACCCUCAAAAUAUGCACCUGCUUUUAUUUUAUUUUCUCAACAGAGGCCUGUAGCUUAUUUAACACGCAAUUCUUAUGUGUUUUUUAACCACGACACUGAACCUUUAAGCAUUCAAAACAACGUGACAAUUUAACAUUUCAUUUGCUUUUUACACAUACUCCCAUGUGACUGGUUAGUGAUGGACCUAUUUUGAUGUGUGACCUCAACUAGCACUGUUCAAAUGUGUUUUUCAUUUUCAUUCUUGGUGAGAAUAAAAUGUGUUUAGAUGGUCUCAAUUAAA